CUCACAAUUGUAUGUGACCCUAUCAUGUAUAAUCAGAGAUGACUUCCGUUUAUUUGAGCAUCGUCUUUCAUUGAACAUGGCAAUCAGUAGACUGCAGGCGUCACUUGCUGCUGCAAACAGCGAAGUCACAUUUGCGGCAGCAAACAUCAAUUUCGAUUUCACGUUGGUGAAAUACGAGGCACCAAAAGAGUAUCAAGUGCUCGGAAUGAGCCUUUCGGAGAAGCGUAAACACAACGCUGAACAUGGACCUAGUCAUAUCACAGCCCGCAAACUUGGAGCCCUAUUUGAUGGUGUCUGUCCAGCGGCCCCUAAUCUAGUAGCAGCAUAUGGGACCAGAGCAUCGCAGAUUGCCGAAACCUCACUUAAUCAGACCGAGCCGUACAGAGACACUAUAUUCAGUCAGUACACUGGAAUCGACGGGACUUCAAUAUGGGCAGCGGCAACCUCAUCAAAGUCUGCAAUCUAUGUGCACUUGUUGGCUUGCAUGUUGGCACGCAUGUGGACGGCGCAAGAAGCCGCAGCUAUUUGGGUGGAACUGGUUUACGAGCGCAGAAAAGAGGUGGCUCAGAAGCUUGAAGAAGGCGAUAUGGUCAAUUUCGCAUUGGCGGCAGCGGCAGCCCAAGACAUCUCGCAUUCGGACCUAGCAUCUUUGGAUGGUAGCGCAAGAGCCUGGUUACGUACAGCUGAUACAGUACAUCAACGGGACCAGAAACAGCUCGAGCUGAUUCUAAAGAAUCUCAAAGUCCCCAUAGGCGGUGACACAAAAGUAUUUUCGAAUGUUAUUUUGGCUUGGACUACUGCGAUCAAGAUCAUGGAUCGGCUUGUCGCAGGUGUCCCGCAGGAGGUCCAGAACGGUGCAGCAUUACUCGGAUUAUCAGCAUGGCACCUGUUUCCAGAUCUGAACGUUUUCUCGCCCAAGAUUGUUUUUAUCAAGAUGAAAGACCCAUUGAUGGAUCGAGGAGGGAUCCUAUCUUUAGGCCUUUCCGCGACUCCACACAGUGGUAAUACUGAGGAUAACGGCGUUUACUGGUCUCUUUCGCUGGCGCACCUGAAGUACUACGGACCACCGGUAAAAAGCGUAAGAACAGUGGAAAGCGAUUCUCGUAUCACUUUCUCGCAGUUGAAUCUCGUGCUCCAUGCCUGUCUGUUAAGAUUUUGGGAUCUAAACGCUCAGCAGAACCUGGUGGUUUCCGACACGAUUUGCAAGCUCGUUGAGUACUUGGACAAAGCGCAAAUACCUACUACGUUUUACCAAACAUGGUUUCUACAGACGCUUUCGAACGGCGUAUCUGAUUACCUCGAUCCCUCACCCAAAGACAAAGAUCUGAAGCAAAAAUUGAUCAUGCUGGGAAAUAGACGAGCGAAGACGUUCUUGAGGAAGGCGCCCAGAACGACGGAUUCAAGUGAGGAUGACUGCUUGUUAGGACUGUUGAAUUACACAGCAUUGAUUGAGUGCUUAAAAGAUCAUACGUCCCGAGUAUGUCUGUUGCGUCGCAUUGCGAGUCGAGCACAAUCCCGUUUAAAGAACAAAGUCCAAUUUAUAGUGAACAUCACGCCCGACCAAUUCGGACUCGAUGAUGAAGGUCGAGACGACCAAAACCUGGUUUUCUUUAUACACCGCGAAAUUGUGGAUUGGAAGACCUCCUUGUGUGGUAACUCCGAUACGACAGCGAUGUACAUGGCAGGUUGCUCGAAAGAGGAUUUUGAGAUCACUCGCGAACUGUUACUUGACAUCGAUCUGCAACUUGAAGAUUUCCAUUAUUUUUUAGAGCGUGAACUCAUCGACCCGAAUCGCUUGAUGGCUGCGAUCUUCGACAAAGAGGAAAACUCGCCACUUUGGAAGCCCAAAGGGUCCCCGAAACAAGCAUUACUUGCCUUAUCCUACGCGGCGCAAUAUUACAAGGAUCUCAGCAAUGCCACAAUUGACGUCGGGAUUUUGACUCGCCCUAUAACGGAAACAAAAUGGGUUAGAAAUAUCAUAGCCAACAUUCAAGGAGUUAAAUGGUACCGGACAGGCUUUUCCUUGAUUGCUUACAUGGAGACGGGUAUCGAAAUCGACCCCCACGAUCUAAGAGGCGUGAUUGCCUUCUCCACAGCCGACUCGAUCUACGUACGCUCAACUAUUAUACAGGACCCAUACAAGUCCAUGACGGAACGUUCGCGCAUUCGAAGAAUUCUCGGCAAUGUCGGAAAACCGGGUAUAACAUUGAUGGUCCCUCCAGCAGAGAUGAUGAUCAGGGAGAUCGACGCGGGGAGCUGGAGAGUAGCUUGCUACAACGACUUUGAUGGGCAGCCAGUUGAGUCGUUUCAGAACACUUCGACACAUCUUUCCUUCACUGAAUAUCAGAUGAAGAUCUACGACGGUGCGCAAGGGAUGCACGAUAGUCAGCUGUCGUAUAUCGAGCCGGUCUUUUCUGUACGCGAUAAGGGAAGCUGGGUAGCUGACAUGAAUCCUUCGAUCUUCGCGGGUAAUGACCGAUUCCUCUCGGAAAAUCGCUGCGACUGUGAUCACCCUAAAAACCAACCGCUAGAGGAUGACAUGGGGAAGGUCACAGUAGUGGAUAGCUGGGACGAACUGUUGGAUCCACCUGAAGGCGUCUUCGUCAUUCGUACUGGCGGAAACUGGGUCGCUCGCCUUGCGUUGACAAUGGUAGCGCAUCAUCAACUCAAGAAGCUGGGGGAUGAUUUUCAAGUCAUAGUUUGUCCGAACCAAGCCUGCUGGAAGUGUGUGCUCCAUGAGUUGGCCGAAGCACGAUCGCCACGCCAAGCUAUAAUAUUCUAG